UCUAAACUGUUUAAUCAAAAUUUACAAGACGAAGAAGAAACGAGAAAACGAGCUGACCGUUGUGUGGCCCUUCGGGAAACAAUACCCAAUUCACUCUUCCUCCAUUAACAAUUCCCAAUUCCUUUAAUUUUCAAAUUCUCUUUGGAGCAUUCAAUCAAACACUUUCAUCGUUUUCCAUUUAUUUUUCAAUUGCUAUAAAUAUGUACCUUUGAUUCAAGCUGCUUUACCACCUCUUGGACUCCCAAGAUCUUCUUCUUCUUCUUCAGUCCUUCCCUAAUUUGUCUGAUAAUGUCCCCUCAUUCAUGGUUGCGAAUUCAGGACAUGCUGUGUUUUUCAGCAUCAGGACUAUUUCAGCAGUUAAAGGGUAUGGAAGCUGAAAAAGGGGAAAAUAUACAUCAAACUGGGAAGAAAGUUGCAAUCUGUGCAGAAUCUAGCAAAUCUUGUUUUCCUAAGAGGGAUACAGGGUCAGAACUCAUUGCAUCAUUGAAGUUCAAGAAAGGCAGCAAUAUAUCCAAGAGUGAAAAGCUUAAAUCUAAUUCUAAAUCAAAAUCUAAAUCUCAUGUGAAGUUAAUCAAUUCAAACAUGAUAAAAAAGAAAGUGACUGAGUCUCAAAGCAAGGGAACGGGGAAUGACUCUGGAAGCAAAAAAUCAAUUAGUAGAAAACCUCUGCAUAAAAAACUAGAUAAGAACUCAUCCAGGAAGCUGGCAUCUUUGAAGCUUCAAGGUAAAAAUCCCUCCCCUGUUAAUUCUAAGGGGCAUGGUAAAGUAAUUAAUGGUGAUGUUGAAACAAAAAACCAAAGAAAGAGGAAAAAGAAGAGGACAAAGGAGAAGGUGGAGCUAGAUGAAGCUUCACGCUUGCAGAGGAGAACAAGGUACUUGUUGAUUAAAAUGAAGCUGGAGCAGAACCUCAUUGAUGCUUACUCUGGUGAAGGUUGGAAAGGUCAGAGCCGAGAAAAGAUAAGGCCCGAGAGGGAACUGCUGCGUGCAAAGAAGCAGAUACUAAAGUGUAAACUUGGAAUUCGUGAAGCUAUUCGGCAGCUUGAUUCUCUGAGUUCAGUCGGAUCUAUUGAAGGUUCUGUCAUUGCUUCAGAUGGAUCUGUUCACCAUGAACAUAUUAUCUGUGCAAAGUGCAAGUUACGAGAAGCCUUCCCAGAUAAUGACAUUGUACUUUGUGAUGGCACAUGUAAUUGUGCAUUCCACCAAAAAUGCCUUGAUCCGCCAUUGGACACUGAAUGCAUUCCUCCAGGAGAUCAGGGCUGGUUUUGCAGAUUUUGUGAAUGUAAGAUGGAAAUAAUAGAGGCAAUGAAUGCUCAUAUCGGGACCUGCUUCUCUAUUGACAGCAAUUGGCAGGAUAUUUUCAAAGAAGAAGCUGCUUUCCCUGAUGGUGGGAGUGCAUUGUUAAAUCAAGAACAAGAUUGGCCUUCAGAUGAUUCUGAAGAUGAUGAUUAUAAUCCAGAAAGGAGGGAGAACAGCAGCAGCAUCAGUGGGGUGGGAACUGAUGAUGAUGCAAGCAGUUCAACCAGCCUGAGCUGGUCUUCAGAUGGUGAAACUUUUUCCAAAUCCAUGAGGUGGGAGAUGGAGGGCAAUGACUAUAAGCAGUACUCAAGUGAUAGUAGUAUAGGUUCUGAUGAAAACAGUGAUGGGGAAAUUAUCUGUGGCCGUCGGCAGCGAAGGACAGUCGACUAUAAGAAGUUGUAUGAUGAAAUGUUCGGAAAGGAUGCGUUGGCAUAUGAGCAAGUUAGUGAAGAUGAAGACUGGGGUCCUGCAAAGAGAAGACGGAGGGAAAAGGAGUCAGAUGCAGUGAACACCCUUAUGACUUUGUAUGGAAGUGAGGAAAAAUGCCCAAAUGUUAAAGCCAUAGAAGUGCAGGAGAAACAUUUUUCUGAUGCUAAAGUUAGAAGGCCAUUCUUCAGAAUUCCUCCCAAUGCAGUUGAGAAGCUUCGCCAAGUGUUUGCUGAGAACGAACUUCCCUCUAGAACUAUCAAGGACAAUCUUUCCAAAGAGUUGGGUCUUGAACCUGAGAAGGUUAACAAAUGGUUUAAAAAUGCGAGAUAUAUUGCACUUAAAACAAGAAAGGUCGAGGGAGGAAAACACCUUCAUAAUGCUCCUAAAAUCUCCAAGGAACCCAGGUUGGAGGAUUCCUUAAAAAAGAAAGUGUUAUGUACACCUAAGAAUGUGAAAAAAUAUGAGCAGGGAAAGGAUUCAAAAUUGCCAGGCAGCGGCCUGAAGAAAAAUCAACGCAAAAAACCAUCAGAAUCUCCGGCAAAUAGCAAUCAGGCAAGUGUUGAGUUGAGUGACGAUGUGAGCUUAAGGAAGCUUCUUAAAGCAAAAACCAAGAGGGACAAGAGAAAGGUCAAUUUUAUGACUGGCAGCGGAUUACAAGCAGCCGAAGCAGAGAUGGAAAGACUUUGUAAGGUGAAGGAUAGACUAGAAAAUUUGAAACAGAAAUUAUCUAGAGUUCAAAAUAGAAAUGUUAGGAAAUCAAGUAAAAGCGAUGUACAUGAUGAGUUAGUGAUUUAUGUUCCAAUAGUAGAACUAAGGGAAAAAGUUUGAUGUUGAAUAUAUUCAUUAUUUGCAAAGCAUUUUUCUACAGUUUUGAAGGUGGUAAUUUCAAUGUAGCUUCUUUUCA